AUGAGCGCUGCGCACUGGAAUUUCUUCCUCCUCCUUCUCCCCUCCCUCAUUCCCUGCGCGACAAACUUUAUUUUCUCGCGCUUACGCCACGCCGGUGCAGUUGAGGCCGGUGGCGGCAAAAGGAACUCACACUGUCUCAGCCUGGCGCCCGACGACGCGUUCGCGCGCGAGCCCGAGUGCGGCGUGUGCGCCAAGUCGUUCAACAUCCUGCGGCGCCGCCACCACUGCCGCAGCUGCCACAUCGCCGUGUGCAAGGAGUGCGGGCGCAAGGCCAUCGACCGCAAGAAGCCCGAGCGCUCGCGGCCGCAGUGGUACUGCAUGGGCUGCCUCGAGGACGACGCCACGCUCGAGAUCACGGGCUCGCGCCCCACGGUGAGCAAGCGCCGCAGCUUCUCGUCGUCGUCAUCGUCCUUCGCGCCCGCGAGCGCGCCCCAAGUCACGAAUUUGGCGAGCACGGCCAAGUUCUGCAUUGAGUGCGGCUACGAGCUGCCGCCGCGCGUCAAGUUCUGCAUCGAGUGCGGCACCUCGGUGCGUCAGCAGCUCAUGUCGCCCGUGAGCGUGGACGGCGUGGGCGCUGCAGACGGGGAGCGCGGCAAUCGAGGCUACCGCGACUCGCUGACCACGAACCUCAUGGUGAUUGACGAGAACAGCGGCUCGCCCACGGAGCCCACGGACGGAUCGGAGGAUGACGCGCCGGCGGAACAGGAAUCGGAGGACGACGCGCCCGUGAAGAAGAAAGUGGACGUGGGGCUGGAGACUCCCGAAGGAGAUGAGGACGCUGCAGCCAGGGCGAAGGAGGUCGAGGAGCUCGUGGCACAGCUGCAGGUGGAGAACGAGAAGCUGCGGAACCGUGUGGAGAAGUUCAAGCGAAAGAUUUCGGAGGCGGAGCGGCGGAGGCUCGAAAGAGAAGAGGAGCACGCGCGCGCAGUGUCGGAGGCUACUGCAGCAGCGGCCGCCGCUGCAACUGCUGCCGCUGAAGCGCAGGCGAACAACCGCAGUGCGUCUGAAGCGGCACCUCAAGCAGCAUCUGCGCCAUUCGCAGCGGUAGCGGCACCUACUAGCAACGGCACGGGUGUUGCUGCAAAGGAUCACCCGGAUUACUUGAAGUACUUCAAGUUGGUGACCAUGGGGCUCCCGGCUGAACAGGUGAAGAUGAAAAUGCAGGCGGCUGGCGUAGACCCGUCGAUCCUUGAUGACCCGGAUGCGAUCAUCGGCGGUGCUGCUCCAAAUGCAGAUACUACGUCGGCUCCGCCUGGAGCGACAGGUGGUACCCUGGUGAAGGACGACGAGCAGUACGCCAAGUUUUUCAAGCUUCUGAAGAUGGGAAUGCCGGCUGAACAGAUCAAGCUGAAAAUGAGCGCGAGUGGCCUGAACCCCGAUCUCCUCGACACGCCAAAUGCUCCGAUGCCCGGAUCUGGUGCGGCAGCAGCUCCAGCAGCGGCAGCCAACCAGGUGAUGACUGUGAAGGAAGACCCGGCUUACGAAAAAUUCUUCAAGCUGGUGAAGAUGGGUAUGCCCGCCGAGCAGGUCAAAAUGAAGAUGAGCGCGGCAGGUUUGAAUACCGACUUGCUGGAUACGCCAGACGCGCCGUCACCCAACCAGAAGGCGGCUGGAGGCAAUGGAGGCGGCGGUCUCCUUGCUGGGCUUCCUCCUCCGACAGAAGCGGUGAAGGUGGACCCAUCGGCGUUGAAGGCGAGCUUAGCCUCAAAGUUGAACAAGCCAAUCCCGAAGAAACCCGAGGAGCCUCAGCUUCCUAAGAAGGAAACGGUAAAGCCGAACGUCGAGCUGCGCCCGUUGUUCUGGACUCGUGUGCCUGUCAAUGUAGUCAGUAGCACCGUCUGGAUGAAGCUGAAUGACUCACAUGCGGAGCUGGACGUGGAUGAGAUGGAAUGGAUGUUCCGCAAGAACCCGGUUGAAGCAUCGAAGAAGAUGGAUGAAAAGAAGAAAGAAGCGGAAAAGGUACCGGCCCAGCCCAAGGAAGUGCUCCUGUUCGAUCCAAAGAGACAGCAGAAUGUAUCGAUCGCCAUUGCUCGGUUUAAAAUGUCGUCGGAGGAUAUCAAGAAUGCUAUCUACGCUUUGGACGGCCAGAAGCUGGGGUCUGAAGUGUUGAACGUGCUGAUUUCGAUUUCACCCACCCUGGAGGAGAUUGAUAUGCUCAAAAAUUACGAUGGAGACGUCAAGCUGCUAGGAAACGUGGAGAAGUUUUUCCUUGACCUGCUGACAAUCCCGCGCUACACGCAGCGUAUCAAGUGCUUCAGGUACAAGCUACAGUUCGAAAAUCGUAUUCUGGAAACUCAAGCGCAGUUGGACACGCUGGUCGCUGCUACUGAUCAAGUGACAGAGAGCGACAAAUUCCGCCGUGUUCUGGAGCACAUUCUGGCGAUCGGUAAUUAUUUGAACGGCAGCACGCCUCGUGGUGGUGCCUAUGGUUUUAAGCUGGACACUCUGAUGAAGCUGCACACUCUUAAGUCUGUGGACCCUCGUGUCACCUUGAUGCACUUCUUGCUGCGCCAGCUCGAAGAGAAGGCCCCGGAUGUCAUUACUUUCGCAGGAGAAGUACCACACAUUGUCGAGGCGAAGAGAUUGUCUCUUGACCAGCUCCGCGCGGAUCUUUCUUCUUACAAUACCGAGCUAGCCAUGCUGAAGGGCCAAGUGCGCGCGUCAAAGAACGAUCACAUUGAGGGUGACAAGUUCUAUGAAGUGAUGACUCCGUUUGCGAAGGACGCGGAGGAGGUGCUGGAGGAACUGGGACGCGACUUUAAUGGGCUGGAGACUUCGUAUCAAGAGCUAGUUAGCUCGUUUGGCGAGGAUCCACGCAAGGUUGGGCCCAUGGAGUUCUUUUCUAUUCUGGAUGAGUUUGUCACCGAGUUCAAGAAGGCUUACCGUCAGAAUCAGACUAAGGAAUACCAGACUAUAUAUGAAGAAGCUGCCGCGGCUCGCGCUGCUGCUGAGGCUGAAAAGGCCGAGCAGCUCAAGCGGGAAGCUGAAGAACGCCAGCGCCAGGAAGAGGAACGGCAGCAAAACUCGCUCGAAACCAAGGCGAUUUAUGCUGAAAUUAUGGCUAUCAUCACCGCUUGGGCUGAAAAGCAUUCGCCAGGCAACGAGGAGGCAGUGAUUGAGCAGUUCAAGGACGUCUCGCGGAGAUUUGGCAUGGACGAAAUUACCGCUGAUGAGUUCUGUGACCAGGUGCGGCAGUGUGUCGGGUCGAAGUGUGCAGGCAAAAUUAUUCUGAACAGCGCGAAACUUUUGUCCGACGAAGCAAAGCGGAAUAUUCUGUUGGAGGCACUCGCUCGCUUCAAGGAGCAGGUGAAGAAGGAGAAAGAGUCCAAGAAACAACAGCGCAACUCGCUAGUAUCCCCGCCGUCCGAAGGACGAGAGAGGGCUGGGUCUUCUUCAGCAGGUCGCAAGCGCAACAAGGUGGUAGUCCCGCUGCCCAUCAAGGACAUCGAACCCGUGGUCGGCGAGGAGGCCCAGCUGCUGCACAAAUCUAUCCUGGAAUCCGUGUUGGCGGCAUUUGGCGGCGAUCCGAAGAAGAUGAAGUCGUUCACAUCUCACACGCGGAAGUACGGCAACGAGCAGAUCACGGCGCACGAAUUUUACCAGUAUUUAACGGACUCCUUCGAGCCAGACUUCGUCGGACGUCUGGUGCCGGACCUCGCGCGUCUGCUGCAGGAUUCGGAAAAGCGGCACGCUCUCAUCCGCGCACUAUGUGAGAGCGCACCAGGCUGGGCAAGGUUUGCGGGGUUAUAG